CCAGGAUCCCCCGCCAUGCCUAGUCUGGAGGGCGUGGCCAACGUGGCCCUCCGAGUCCCGGCAAUCGUCCUGCUGGAUCUGCUCUACCGCUGGGAUGUGGAGGAGUUCAGAGGAGAGUUCAGUCGCCCCGCCUACAAUACGUCCUUCAUCUACUCGCCUCUCCUGUGGAAUGUCUACUACCUGGCCCAUGUGGUGUGUGCGGUGCUGGUGAUCCUUCCUCUGCGCCAUCUGGUCAAUAUUUACCUCUAUCUCCUCACCUCAUUGCUGCUGUAUGUGGCCCACCAGACGGUCAGGGAUUACAUCCGCCAGGAGAUGGAUGCCGGUUAUUCGGGGACGGUGUACGAGGACCACACGUCAUUGACUCGCAGUGUCAGCACUCUAACAGGCCUGGUGAUGGUGUGCACGCUUUGUUCCCUGCUCAUGAGGACUCGUCAGGCCUGGCUCUUCAGCGCCCCCGUCCUGCCGCUCUUGGCCCGCCUAACCAGACUUCCUCUGCACUCUCUGCCACUUCUCAACGUUGUCUCCACUGGCGCAACACUGCUGGUCAUGUGUUACGUGGCGGCAUCUGGGUUCCGUCCUCUGUGCCGCCUCUUCACCAAGGCCUACGAGGAACUGAUUCAGGAAAUGGAACUCUACAGGUUGGUGGCCCUCGGUAUGGCACUCUGGACACAGCUAGCUGUCCCUGCCAUCUUCCUGGUCUUCUGGGUGGUUCUUUACCUCCUCCAAGUGUACAGUGCCUUGUCCUCCAAGCCGGGCAUCCUAGAGCAGCAGGGGCCGAUCUUCAUCCUCCUCAACAGCGUGUCGGAGUGCUGCGGGACUCCAUAUUGUCUCUUGGGACUCACCUCCACUGUGUCCUACCUGGCUCUGGGGAUGCUGAACCUCUGCAAGUUCUAUCUGAUGGGAUACGCAGCCGUCCAGAACGGGAAUGCCAUGCAUAGGGGGGUGACGGAAGGGGUGACACUGAUGCUCCUCUCUCUGCAGACGGGUCUCCUGGAUCUGCAGGUCCUGCAGAGAACCUUCCUGCUCAGCAUCAUCUUCUUCAUCGUGGUCACCUCCACCCUGCAGUCCAUGAUCGAGAUCGCCGACCCCAUCGUACUGGCCCUUGCUGCCACCGGGAACAGAAGUGUGUGGAAACACGUGCGGGGGCUCAGCCUGUGCCUCUUCCUGCUGGUCUUCCCCACGUUCAUGGCCUACAAGAUCGCCUACUUCUUCCACAUGGAUUUCUGGCUGCUGAUCCUGGUGUCCAGCUGUCUGCUCACCUCCCUGCAGGUAACCCGCGCACUCUCUCUCUACGCCCUCUUCAUGAUGGAGCUGUUCCAGGACAGCAGGGUGGAGCGGAUGGACGAGAUCAUCUACGGGGUGAACGCGGUCAGCCGGGUGCUGGAGUUCCUGGUGGCGCUGUGCGUGGUGGCCUACGGCACCUGGGAGUCCGUAUUCGGGGAGUGGAGCUGGAUGGGCGUGUCGGUCAUCAUCGUCCACUCCUACUUCAACGUCUGGCUGAGGGCGCAGUCCGGCUGGAAGAGCUUCCUGCUCCGCAGAGAGGCCGCCAAGAAGAUCAGCCACCUGCCUAAGGCCACCGAGGAGGAGCUGAGGGCCCACAACGAUGUCUGCUCCAUCUGCUUCCAGGAGAUGUCUAUCGCUGUCAUCACCACCUGCGGUCACUUCUUCCAUGCCGACUGUCUGAAGAAAUGGCUGUAUGUCCAGGACACCUGUCCCCUGUGUCACCAGCCAGUGAGGGCUGUGGUCAGGGAUGACGAGGAAGAAGAAGUUGUUGAGGAGUCUGAUUCUGAUGAGGGAGAAGCAGGAGGACGAGGUGGAGUCUGGUUAAGCGGAGAGAAUGUGGAAGAAUCUCCAGCAGGAGAUCAUGGAGCAAAGACUGGAACAUUUGUUGGUGAAAACCACCCCAUAGUAGAAGAAGCCACCUAUGCGGAAACAGAGAAUGCCCACUACAGAAAGGUGGAAGAGGUCCUUUUGGAGAAAGGGGGGCAUUUUGUUUACUGGGGGUUAGAGGAGGAGCACUACAGGAAAGAGCAGGAAGAGGAGGUCCUCUAUAGGGAGAGACAAGACAAUGAGGUCCUCUAUAGGGUCCCGAUCUCUACAUACAGUAUUACAUUGUGA